UCAUAGAAUGAAGAGGCGGUUAGUUUUUUUACUUGAUUGUCUUUUCUAACAGACUGUGAAAUACGAGAACAUAAGGUUUAGUUUACGGAGGGGCAGGUCCUCAGUUGUAGUCCCUCGCUAAGUUCUAAUGAAAAAAAAACUGAUAAGCGAGUGUCUUAAAGAAGAGCUCCCCUCCUCCUCUUCAGCGCCUGCCCAGGAGCGGUCUCGUCUUCUCGUAACCUCCCUGCUCUUCCCCCUCAUCCCGUCCCUGAAAACGCCGCAGAUGCGUUUGUCCCCAACGCCACCGCCGGCCCCCCUCCGCCCCCCUCACCUGGCCCGGACGAACCCCGUGGCGGUCGUCUCUCGCUCAGUUGGCCGCCACGUGCGUUCGGGAGUAGAUGGACCCCUGCGCUGCGCCGCGUCUUUGCCUUGAUCACAGGGCGCGAGCCGACUCCUGUCGCCUUGUCCGGCUGCGAAGUCGAUUCAAACCGAAUAAAAGCAUUUGCAGAGAGUGUGGAGUGUAAUCAUGGGUGACCUAAGACUUUCGUCUAAAUACCAGGCAUUUAUUUUUUCAAAUAAAUAAGUAUAUGCGGAUAGAAUCGGAAUUUUAAUUGAAUCAGUAUUAACAUUACACGAAACUGGACAGUGAUUUUUUUUCGUGAGAAGCAACUGUGAUAGAGACACUAAUCAAGCAAGCAUUAACACUACUACGCAAGGGAAAUGCAUGUGAAAAUACGGUAGAGAGGUUACGCCAUUUAUAAGCAUUGACAAUGACUCAAUUGGCGCCAGAGCUCUAGCGUAAUAAGGCACGAAACGCAAAAUUGUGCGAAAAAAAAGGAGUGCGACUGCCAGAAACAAUCUCAAGCAAUUUCAACGCCGUAAAAAGCAGUGUUCCGAUCUACAGAGAAAUUCGCGUUGACCCUCACCCCCUUCGAGGACUGACGGCGGCGCAGGUGUUGCAGCAACGCCAAUCCAUCAGCUCCGCCUUGCAGAGGGAACUGACCGUGAAAGCCAGAGCAAAGGCAUUAGUGCACCUCCGAGCGCCCGCUAAGGGGACUUCGACGUAAGAGUGGGGCGUCAGUCGAGAGGAUUCGAACGGCGGUUUUGACGAACAGGACACACUGACGCUGAAGACGACGAUGCAGUGGUCGAAGGCGCUCCUGCUGGGGAUCACUGUGCUGGCGACGGCCUCGAGCGUCGAAGGGCGCUCUGGAGGCAAGGGCAUCCUGAGGGUGAGGCUCAACAGCUUCCAGAACCCCCAGGCGAAGGACGUCGAGGGUAACUGCUGCAGGAACUACCGGAGGGGACCCACGUGUCGGGGUUCCUGUAGGACGUUCUUCAGGGUAUGCGCGACGCACAGCCCCCGACCCCUGAUCCUGCCGGCGACCCCGCAAACCCGUCCAGCCUCCGCCAAUGUCUCCUCGACGCCGGCGGAGGAGAUGAAGGUCUUCCGCGCCCCCGUCCCGCGUGCCCUCCUGCUGGGGGGACGAAGGCGACGCGGCCAGAGGCGAGCGCGAACCUCGGCCGUGACGGGGCGAUCGAGGGGCCGCGUCCCCCACAUCCCGUGCACCUUGGGCCUCAUCGUCACGGAGGUCAUCGCCAACAACUCGCUCGACGCCUCCGAGGAAGGGGCGCUCGAUAUCACCUUCCCGUUCUCGUCGCCGUGGCCGGAGCGCGUGGGCAAGCUGAUCAGCCGCCACGUGGGACGCCAUGCCUUGGAAGCGGGGAUGGAGUGGCUCUCCUACUCCUACUCCCACGAGAGGACGUCACUCCAGUACUCCAUUAAGGUCAACUGCGCCAGCCCCUUCUACGGCGCCCAGUGUUCGAAGAGUUGCGAGGACCUGGGCACGAAGAACAGUCACUUCGAGUGCACCGACGCGGGCGUGGUUCAGUGCGUCGACGGUUGGGAGGGAGAGGAGUGCGACGUCCCCAUCUGCCGCGAGGGAUGUGAUCCUGUGCACGGCUACUGUACUCAGCCGGGAGAGUGUCGGUGCUCCUUAGGAUGGCGUGGUGAGAAUUGCAGCGAGUGCACGCCAUUGCCAGGUUGUCAAAACGGCUAUUGCAACUCAACUAGCUUCGAGUGCCUGUGCGAGGAAGGUUGGGAUGGCCUAUUCUGUUCUCAACCCAUAUGUAAAGAAGGUUGUCAUGCCACGAGAGGGUACUGCGACCUGCCUGGGGAAUGCAAAUGUCGCAUCGGCUGGGGCGGCGACACCUGCCAGGAGUGCAAGCCGCUGCCCGGCUGCAUCAACGGCCACUGCACCAAGCCCCUGGAGUGCCGCUGUGACCCGGGCUGGACAGGACUCUUCUGCCAAACGCCUGUCUGUGCCGCCAACUGCAGCAAAGAGCACGGUGCAUGUGUGGAACCUGGAGAAUGCAGAUGUGACGUCGGUUGGUGGGGCGAGAACUGCGAUACAUGUUUCCCGUACCCUGGCUGUAAACAAGGGUAUUGCACAGAGCCCUGGGAGUGCGUGUGUAAUCCUGGGUGGAUAGGAAUGCUCUGUGACCAACCUGACAACGGCGGUUACUGCAGCGAGCACACGGAGGCGUGCCUGAACGGCGGCACGUGCAUCGACGUGCCCGGCGCCCGGAACUUCACGUGCUCGUGCCCGUCCCUCUUCACGGGGCAGCGCUGCGACUACCUGGCCGACCUGGACCAAGCGACGUCUUCGUCCUCGCCGGAGGCUACCGGGGAUCCCGAGAGCGUGCAGGUUGUGACGGCCGAUUCCUCCUCGCCUAAGGGCACGUACUCCCUGCUGCAGCCCACCCCCGUGCCGGGGAGGGCCUCGCGCAUGAACCUGACGAAGGACGAGCGACGCCUCCUCCUGCAGAACACGGCCCGCAUUUCCUUCCGGCGCCCGAAGCUCGUUUCGGCGACCGACAAGUCUGGCGGUCUGCCGUUCAAGGUGUUCGAGAGGAAGCUGAUCCCGCUGCCGGUGUUCCUGCCGCGCGUCAGCGAGAUCAUUCCCGGCAAAGAGGGCCCCGUGCGCCUCUUUAAGACCAUCGAGAAGAAGCCCACGCCCAUCCUCGUCCUGGACAACGUGUCGCAGGACGAGAAGGAGAACAUGCUCAUAACGAAGGCCUCCCCGGAGGAGGACGACCAGACCCCGGACGACAACCAGCUCGACGAGAACCGGCGCUUCAUCCGACACCAGCAGGGCGGGCCGGACCCGAGCCAGAUCGUGGAGAGGCGGCCGAGCACCCGGGCCCCACGCCCCUCGCCACGCCCCUCGGGCCCUUCGCCGGGCUCCUCCUCCACUUCAAGUCCGACUCAGCUAAGGUCUGCGCCCUCGAAGCUCAUGAGGAUCCGAGAACGGCCGCUCCUCGUCAGCGCCCAGGCCAGCGCCCUGCCGAGACCCAACCCGGUCAGCCCCGGCACUCUCAGGAUGCGCACGACGCCGCUGCAGCAGUCCCAGGCCAACAGCAAACCCACGACGACCUCCACGAGCACGACGACCACCGAGCGGUCGAACGCGCCACCGCAAGAAGAGCCCGCGUGGUCGUCGAGCGAAGCCGCGCCGGAGGGCCGGGAGCUGCCCGCAGAACCGCAGACUUACUACGAGCAGAACUCCAACGGCCGCGUCCACAUCGGCGACGUGAGCGAAGUGGACGAGGGAGCCCCGCACGAAGAGAUCUACGACGCCUUCAUCGAACUGAAGAAGGUGUGAGCCCAAAAGUCCCCCCAAAGUCCCCCACUGAAUCCAAGGACUCCGCUGUUGGGCCUCGAAUCUCCCGAAGCCUUUGCCCACUUGUGAUAAUAAGUGUCGACGUCACAGUCAUUGAUUCGGGCUAAACGCAAGGCAUCUUCACCAAAACGUGGUUCUGGCUUUAAACCAGCAAGCGCAGUCGAACAUUUGUGUAUAUAAUUAUAAAGUUGAAAGAUAUCAAUUGUUGUCCAUUGCAGACGAUGUGUAAUUUCGCUCUCCCAUUUCCUUAUGUUAUUUUUUUCCCCUUCUCUUUUUCGUCUACCAAUUCUCUCCCAGGUUUCUUCGUUCGUGCUCCCCAUUUUCCUUCUUAUUCACCCCCGUUUCCCGCUACUUAACGCACCUCAGUAAAUAAUCAGUAUUCUACUAAAAGUCUUCGUUUAUUAUUUCAGACAGACUGACUGUACCUGCCAAGGAGGUCGAUUCCCUCCGCAAAUAGUGGUAGUUCUUGACGCAUAUUCACGUGGAAAAAUUAUCAGUGUAU